AUGCAGCGUUCAGAAAGCAAUCUUGAUCUGCAGUUCCAGCAGACAGCAGCGCAGCUUACCAUCUUAGCGCUUUCACAACCUCGGGUGGCGAAACUUCGUGUCCAAGCUUGGUUGGCAAAGCUUCGGGAGCCGACCAACAAUGCCGUCUGGAAGCGGAAUCGGAACAUGUACUGUGCUCUCUUGCUGGCUCAACUGCAGCAAGGACAGCUGGAGCUGCCUUUCACUACCAUGCCGCCCGAUGGCGCGCUGCCAAACCUACCGAACCACCUGCUAUACAGGGGCUUGCCUCCAAGCCACACGGCGGCGCAACCCCGGAGCAACGCCAGUUCUCCGCUGGACAGCGCACAGCACUCGCACGCAAGCCUGGCUCACGGCCAGCUGCAAGGGCUCGUCCAAGCGUUCCACAGCAACAUGCAGGCACGUGGCUUCGAUCUGACGCGCUCCAAGCCUGGGUGUGCCGGUCCUAGGUACGUAUUCAACUGCGGUGCCUAUCGUGCGUCAUCCACUAGCUGGCAUAAAAUGAGCACCGGACGGAGCGGCUGUGGCCGCCCCAGCGCUAACCGAGCAGAGGAUGCGGUCGAGCCAAAUCUCUAUCCGGGCGACACGGCUAUGAUGCAGACGCAUCGCGACCAGCAGCGCGCUCCUCUAAAUGCCGCCGCGGACUGGUCGGCAUGUGGUCAUGGUGGAAUCGAAACGUACGCGGAUCAGGAUGCGGACGCCGCAGCGCUCCUGGCUGCCAAGGAGGCUGAAAUAGCUGCACGCGUGGCAGCAAAACGGCAGCGUCAGCAGGAGGCUGCUAGAAAACAGAGGCAGAUCAGAGAGGCGGAGGAGGCACGAUGUCGACAGCAACAGCAGCAACAGCAACAACGGAACGCCGCGGCAAAGGCACACCUAGACGAUGUCAUCUCACGCUACAGCGACGCGCGCCGGCAGUGGGCAUCGCCACAAGCCGCAGAUGCCGCGGGCUCUCCCAGGCCUGGUGCCCCUCCGGGUGCGGCCCGCGCCGCCUGGACACGCCUCUACCUGGCCAUGAUUGCGAUGUCUGUCUGUCUGGCGCAUCGCAACUUAUUGUCCGCCUUGCUGUUCCGAAGUUGUGAACCGCAUACCCGGCCAUUUUUCAUGCUCACUACCCUGCGCCAAGCUUGCAUUCACUUCGCUUGCGCAGCCGCAUCUCAGUUAGCGUGUCGUAUAGUCUUGCGGCGCGGCUUCAGCUCCGCUGUUUGUAACUUUUGCGGCACGGCUAAGAGUUUUGGUCCCCACCUGACAUACAUGAUGCGACUCUCGCCACGUCCCCUGGGUGCCCCACACGCCGCUACCACCGCCAGGAGCCCUAACACGGCAGCAGCUAUAACCGAGGGGGCAAGCCAGGGAUUCAUCGCCGUGACCGCAACACAGCUUCAGCGGACGAAUAGCAUGAGUACCAGGCUAAGUCCGGCUUCUGGAACUAUCGGACCGGAAGAUGGCCCACCCAAGCCCGAGCUGUAUGGGCCUGCUAGCUCGGAAAAGCUCGGCCAAGACAAGGCGAGGGUGACGGCCCCAGAUAGGCAACCGGAUGGGGCCGCCGGGUCGCCAUCCCCUGCCCCAAGUGGACAGGCAGUGACGUGGGUGGAGCGGAGUACAGCGACAGGCUGGCAUGGCGCAGAUGCUGGCGGCGGCAGCACCACCACCGACGUUCCCGCGCGGUUGUCCGCCACGUCACAUGAAGGCACACCGACAAACGGAGCCCAGUCUAUCUCCUGCAUGUUUGCUUCACCGCGCAACGCGGUUCUGCCGCACUACUACCCGGCCACAAGCUGCAGCCAACACAGUGCCAGCCCUCGUCGGCACAGCCGCAGCUCCAGCCCCGCCACGUCUCCAUCGUGCCGCAAGGCUUGGCCUUCACCCGACCCCGCCAUCGUGUACAGCGUCACGCGCAAGAUGCGCACCUCCCCGCUGGCUCUGGAGGUACUGGUUAAGGAGGCGCUGGCCCCGGUGCCCAACAUUGCCGGCGCGCAGCCUAGCGGGGUUACGUCCUGUUCCGUGCUCGUUCCUCAGCCCCUCGUCUCCGAGGGUAGCGGAGGCGUGCGGAGGCGUGCUGCACCGGCUAAGUUUGAAUUUAGCGGUCUCAUCACAUCUAUGCUACCGCAGCCGCCAGCGUCGGUGCUGGCGGCGACAGCGGCGCCGGUAUCCCCGUUCCAGCAAUCCGGCGGCAGCACUAGCCCUCACAACACCAAGCAGCUGUUGCCGGAUGCACCGCUUGUAGGUCCCCUUUUUUCUGGUAUUAGCAGCGGCAUAGCUGCGCACGGCGGCGAAAGUGGCGGUGAAGACCUUAUCGAUGCAGCUCCUUACGUACCAGACAGCAGAACCCACAAUGACUUUGAGUCCCCAGGGAGCAGCCUUCACAGCGGUGGCUCGUAUAUCAGGACAGGGCCGAUACGGGAAGAGCGCCCCGCUAACCUGGGGACGAGCGGUAAUGCAAGCGGCGUCGUGAUGAGCAACACCGUGGGCAGCACCGCGGGUGUCUGCGGCUCCCAACCGGCACUGGCGCUGCUGCUGGCCAGCCCACCAGCUUCACCCAGGCGGCUGGCAGCAAGGGCAGCCGCUGCCAUUGCUGCACGACCGAGCCCGCGGCGAUCCUCUCCACGUACGGCCCGUGCCCCGCCACCGGACACUGGGAACGUAAAAUUGCUGCACAGGCAGCCCAGUGGUGAUCAAUCGACGGAGCGCAUGCGGCGAGGAGAAGCGAAGACAGGCCCUAGGUCCGCCUCCGCCGGCGGGUCGCGCCCGGCUUCGGUGCCUUCUUCACGACGCCUGCCGUCCACAACCCUUUCACGCCAGGCCUCCUUGGCCACGACACGCCCCUCCUCAGUGCCACCCGCCUCCCGUGCUUGCACUGAACGGCGGCCAGUGGCGCCUGCCCGGUCCAGGCGUAGCAGUGCUGGGGUGUUGACGGCGGCGCCCUCCUUGCAUGGUGAGCAGGGCCCAAGCACAGCGGCCGCUGCACCGAUGGAACGCACACGUUCGUUUAUCUCCCGUGCUCCCUCAAUGCAGCUGUCCUCCUUACGCGGCUUUACCUCCGCAUCCACAAUGGCCUCGAUGCCCAGCAGCACCCAACUGACGGAGAUGGCGCGGCGCAACCUGGCGGCCAGCCUGCCGCAGAACUUAAGCUUUGCAAGCAGCUAUGGCGGCAGCCGAGCAGCAGCUCGCCAACCAGGAGGGAACGGGUCCAGUGUUUCAGCCGCUGUCGGCAGCAGCCUUGGCGAUGGCAGCGGCGGCGCCCCCGGUGGAAGCACAGACGCUGGCGGCAGCGGUGCCGGCAGCAGGUUGGGGGACCAGCACGGAGGCUCGGGCCUGCUACAAACGACAUGGAGCAGGAUGGAAUCAGCGGCGCGUGACGGCCGCACCAGCCAAACGAGCGAAUUUGCUGGCGGAUCCUCAAGCGUUGGUAUCAGUGCUUUAGCUGGGCAAUACCCUUGGAGGGGGAAUCGCUACGGCCAUAGCAGGCUCGCGAGGAGCCAUGACGGAUUGAUAAAGUCGGGCUCCAGCUUCAGCAACACGGACCCGAAUGCAGCUUACGCCAGCGGUAGUGAUGGGCUCAUAGGGCACAGCGGCAGCUUCGGACGUGGCCUGGACCUCGCUGCGCACGUCGGCAGCAGUGAUAGCUUCGCAACGUCGGCGCAAACGAGGCAGCCCUUGCGGAGCAGUACUGCAGCCGCCACCGCUGGCUUUAACGGCAGCCCCAGCGUUGAGACCCUUGGCAGCGACUGGAUGGUGAAUAGCAGUAAUGAGAAGCGCUGCGACGGCUUCUCUAAUCCUAGCGAUGAUCGCGAUGGAUGGAGCACACAGGCCGGCAUUGCGGGCAGCUCAGGCGGCGGAUCAGAACCCCUGGAGUUUGGCUCGUCCAACGGCACGGUGGACCUUCAGCAGAGCCUCGGCAAUCUAGCCCAGCGCGUCCAGGAAACGCCCACGCUGCUCAGGAAUAUCGCUGCAUCGGCACCUGCGGCGCGGAUACAACCGGACUUGACCUUGACAGGCUCAGCGGCAGCUACCUCGCGCCGUAAUGCUUUAAGCGCCGCGCCAACGAUGCCGUCGUCAGAACCGCAGUGGCACCAGAUGGGGCGCACACAAGCGCAUCUGGACCGCGAUGGUUUUACGACAUGGUCUUGGACGGGGACUCACAAGGCAGCGGGGGAGCUGGCGCUGCUGGAUGUGGAGGGCGUGAUUCAGGAGUUCGAGCGGUCCCUGCAGAACCAUUUGGAGCUCAGCGGCGGUGGCGCUCAGCCCGGGCUACAGUCCGUGCACCACAGCGGUGGCGGUAUCGGCAGCAGUGGCGGCAGCGGCGCGCUUUUCCCCUCCGCUGCAUCGCGCCUCGCAGACCGAUUCGCCCUGCACUCCGCCCUGGCGGACUUCCGCCAAGCGUUUGAUCGUUUGCGCCGGCGCCUCGCGCUACAUGUCAGUAACCCUGCCGUUGCCGACGCCUUGUACGGCACCAGCGGCAGUGGCGGUGCUACCGCCGCCAGCGGAGCUGGGGCACACCGGUACAGCAGCAACCCCUCGCACACACGCGGAUCCGGCAGAUCCGAACGGCUCGCAACCUCAACCAGCCAGCAUGUGCAGCGGCGGUCGGGAGGCGUCGCUCGAGCCGGGUCCGUGGACAGCAGCCUGCGGACCGCUGCGACCAGGCGCACGUUAGGCUCCGGCAGCAACAGUGCUGAUGCAGGUUUCGAUUUGGGCAGCCGCCAUUUGAACCCUACGGAGCGUUUCAGCAGGGUCGCUACCGCGGCAGUUGCUCACUACCGGGACGAUGUGGCCUUGCUACUGUCGCGCGUACGGGCUGUGUUACGUCCCUCCUUGGACGGCUCGGCUACGGUUGGGUUGCGGCGCAGGAGCAGCGGCGCUGGUGCUGGCGCUGAUCGUGACGGCGGCGGGAUGGCACUGGGCUCGUCCAUUAGCCGGACGCUGGAGAACCUGUCCGAGGAGGAAGAAGCCCUGCGGGAGCUGGCCUUGCGCCGGCGACUGGUUUCCGAGAUGCUGCAGACUUUGGAGGAGUCCGCACACCAGUUGGGCCUGCAGCUUGUCACCCUCGCCGCCGGUCUCGUCGACAUGCCACCGCCAGCCCUAUCCCGCCUGCGCGCCGCCCUCCACGGGCACCUGGACGCGGGCCUCGCAGCCACCAGCAGCAUCCUUGCCGGUAAUUGCACCGGCGACAGUCGCCCCACUGGACUAGGUGAAAGCCGUCCUCGAAACAUUCCGGGCACCAGCAACGCCGACCUCGGCCUGCAUGGUAGCCAUGACAGUGGCGAGGCAGGCGACCUAUCCCCGUCCAGAGGCGGUCCCUUCGCGCGACCCGCAGCCCAAUCCAUCCGUGACGUGCUCGAAGCCAUGUAUCCCAACGGCGGCAGCAGCCGUGACGGUCGUGACUGUGCGGGCAGGUACAGCGCCCCUGCUGCACGUCAUCACCGAUACGAUGCCGGCAGUAGUGGAGUCUCAGGCAAUGGUGAGCUGGCAGAGGCGGUGGAGGCAGCCACAGCAGCUGGUACGAGCUCAAGAGGGCGUCUGAGCACCGUGGGCGCGACGGCGGCAUCGGGCUCCCUGGAAUCGGAGGUCCUGGGGAUGCAAACCCAGCUUGCUAGAUGGCAACGUGAAGGGAAAAGCCGGGACUGGCUUGGUGACAUGCCGACGCCAGGAGCAGGCCCAGCUGACCUCAGCUCCCAAAGGGGGCACCAGGGGGCGAUGGACAAAAGCUGGUCGCAGCUGCAUCAAGACUUGGCUGGCGCUCACAUGGACGCGGAUUUCAGGAACGUGUACUCGGAUGGGAGGCAUGCGGGUGGUUCAUAUUUGGGCGGGGCUAGUACUGAAGCCGGCGCUACUGGCCAGCUGCCCUCGUUUUUAUCGCCGCUCCACAAUCCCGCUGGAGGUGCUGCAAGCGGCGUCAGAAGCGCCGUUUUGGGGACUGGUGGUGGAGGUGGCCGCCACACAGCCGCCUCCGCUGACCUGUUUGCGACAGCCUUCGCCUCGCCGGCCGUUGACAUCAUCCCGCCCAGCGGCUCUGCUCUUGAAGUCCUCAUGAUGGCCGGCGUUUCCCCUCAUGCCUCUUAUUCUACCCCGUCCUCACGGAAUGAGCAGCAUCACCUUCAUGUCGCCGGUACACAAGGCACCAACCAGCCCGCCGUUUCCGUACAGCUCCCCGUCCUGGCGUCACCAUCCCCGCCCCCAUCAGCGUCGCUGCCGCGGCCUUCUGGCUGCAGUUCUACGGGCCCAACACCGCAGACAGGGCGUCCAUCCGCAAAUGCCUCGCUGCAAGGCACCACAACCGCUGCAACGCCUGGCUCAGCUUCCCAUGAGCCACCGCCGCUUUCUCCUGCAGGCCGCCAGCUUACCCUGGCAGGACCGCCUGCAGCUCAAGGCCAGUCCUUGGAGCUUGGGCUCCGGCAAGAUGGCGACGCGCCUGAGGAGCCGUGGCAUGCCGGCGCGGCGGCACGGCAGCUGAGCCGCGAGGCACGCGCCAUUUGGGCCACAGCUGCGGCCCGCGGAUUGGCACGUGCGAAUACAUUCAGCUUGGAGCUGGCGGGAAUGCGCGACGGGGCCGUCGUUGCAGUCGAAGGCGCUGCAACGGCUGUCAGUGGGGCGGCGGCCACGGUUGCAAUGGCGGCGGCGACUGAGUGGGCCCGGGAAGCCAAGGAAUCGGCCAGGGAUGCCAUUGGGUCGCAGCGAGGAGCCAAGGAGUCUGCUUUAGAGGCCCUAGAAUCCGCUCGUGAAACCAAGCAAUCGGUUCACGAAGCUAGGGAGAUGACGCAGGAAACGAAGGACGCCGCACAGGAAGCCAAAGAAUCAGCCCGUGAAGCCAGGGAGUUGGCACGGGACGCCAAUCAAUCAGCUUGGGAGGCUAAGGAGUCGGCUAGGGAGGCCAGGGAGUUGGCACGGGAGGCCAGGGAGACGGCCAGGGAGGCGAGUGAGAGGGAGGCGGCGACGAUUGCGCAGCGCCAGGCUGCCUUGGCAGCGGAGCGGCAGUCGGUGCAAAAGGCCGCGUUGGAAGCCGCGCUGGAAGCGGCCAGGGAUGUGGCCCGGAAGACUGCCUUGGAGGUCGCUACAGAGGCGGCACGGGAGGUGGCCAUCGCUGGCUUGCAGGAGGCCGUGGCGGUGGGACGCCAAGAGGCACAAGAGGAGAUGGAGGAGCUGCGUCAAGAGCUGGCGGCGGCACAGGAGAAUGCGGCCGUGAGCUCCGUAGAAAUCGAGGGCCUGCACAACUUGCUGGAGGCAGCGAGGAAAGAUGCGGCCGCAAAGUCGGAAGAAGUCGACAGCCUGCGGGAUCAGCUGGCAGCAGCGGAGGCAGCGGAGGCCGCCAGUGCUCUGCAGCUUCAAACGCUCUGCAGGGAGCUGGUGGCAGUCAAGGACGCAGCGGCGAUGAACUCCAAGGAAGUCGAUAGACUCCGCAGCCAGCUGGAAGCAGCGAAGGAAGAUGCCGCCAUCAGGUCCCAGGAAGUCGACAAGCUGCAGAAGCUUCUGGAAGCGGCAACGAUGGCAGCGGCGGCCAGCUCGCGGCAGGUCGACAAUUUACAGACGCAGCUUGAGUCAGCCAAGGCGGAAGUGGCGAUAAGCUCCCGGCAGGUCGAGGAGCUGCAUGUUCAGCUGGCGGUAGCAAAGGAGGAGGCCAGCACGGCCGCGGCGGCGGGCAGCAAGGACGCCGAGCAGCUCCAGCAACAGCUGCGGGAAGCGGAGCGCGCGGUGACGGCUCGGUCGCAGGAGGUAGAUGAGGCGCGCAGGAAGCUUGCAGCACAGCGAGGCGCCUUGGAGGCCGCCCUGCAGGAGGCUGAGGCGCUGCGCCAGCAGCUCGCCGCGGCAGAGAUGGCGGCAGUGGCCCGCGGUCGUGAUGCAGAUGAGCUCCAGCGGCGACUGACGGAGGUACAGGCGGCGGCCGGCGCCAGCAACGCCGAGGCAGCGUUGCUGCGAGGUCGGCUUGUGGAAUAUCAGCAGCUGGCGGAGGCCCGCGGCCAUGAUGCCGAGGAGCUGCGGCGGCAGGUCGUGGCGGCAACGGCUGCUCUGGAGCAACAAGUCCGGGAGACGGAGGCCAUGCGUGGGGAGAAGGCUAGGCUGCAGGCGGCGGUGGAGACGAGCGACCAGCGGUUGAGUGAGUUGCACCACAAACAGCGUGUCAUGAUGGAAAAACAGGCAGUGGAAGCGCAGAGCUGCGACCUUGCGCAGAUGCGGCCACAUCUGGGGCCAGGGCAAGCGGGCGCGGUGCGGCCAAAAGAGGAAUCGGGAUCGAUCGGAAGGCAGGGUGAAGCCGCGGCGGCGGCAGCAGCAGCAGCAGCAGCAGCAGCAGCGGAGCGCCAGACAGUGCAGGCCGGCGCGUUCGAGCAAGCGCUUUCCGUGGCGCGGGAGGCGGCGGAGGUUGCGGCACAUGGCGCCGCCGCAGCUGCGGCAGAGCGUGAGACAGCCACGGCGGCAGCGGUAUUGGCGGUGGAGGCGGCCUCCAGCCUGGCGCUCGCACGCAAGGCGCUCCUGGAGGCGUCGCAAGUAGCCGCGCCCUUCAUGCAACCACCCGAUGGUCCUCUCCCUCCACCGUCCGAAUACAAUGCUGUCGGUACUGCAAGCCAGCACCAGCACCACGCUCGUCAUCACAAGUACGACCUUACGGCGGCUUCAUCCCAUACCGUUGUAGCUCCGGAACCGCCAAGAGGUUCUGGAGCUGAAGAAGUUGCGGGCGCUAAGAUAUUCCAAUCUUCAUCUCACGCGCCCACUGGCAUUGCCGCUGGCCAAGCGGAGACAUCAGGCACACUGUUACCGCCGCCGCAUCCUGCUUCAUACCAUGCAGUUGUCUGGGAGUUGCACUCGGCUCAUGCCAACUCAAUUCAUCACCCGGUUCCGUCGCCGGGGGGCAUGGAUAACGCCGGACCUCCUCGUCCCCCACAGCCGCCGAUGUUGCCAGCAGAUUUCCACCUCCACGAUCACUCCACGCCACACGGGGAAGACCCGGCAGGCUCGCCCGGCAGACCUAGGGUCAUUGUGGAAGCCCAUGCUCCCGACGUCCUUCUCGACGAAGCCUCAUCCCCCGCCGUCGCCGCGGCCGUGGCAGCAGUGGCAGCGAUGCACCGCGAGGCCAUUUUCACGGGGCCGGGACCGGCGGCGCCACCGCCGCCACCGCCGGUUGUGAACGCGCCCAUUGCACGCAGUCCACGCAGGCCGGAAUACGACGAACCAGACUGGAGCCCUAGGAUGGCGCGGCAACGCGGUAAUGCAAUGCCGCCGCCGCCAGCGUCGCCGUCACCGCCGCCACCACGCGAUUGGGGAACGUGCAGCUUGGCGCCCGGUCCGCCGUACGACGAUCCCGACGGCAGCAGGUGUCACAUCCGCGGUCUGCGUGUGGAUAGUUACCCAAAGGCUGCCACCGAUCCAAAUGCAGAUCGCAGGGUCGAGGCAGUAGCCCGUAGCGUUUCCAGUUCCUCUACUGAAAUGACCCUGCAGGAUUUCCGAAUCCGUAGGGAGCAGUUAGCGACCUCCCCGCCCUCUCGGCUUAACACGGGGCCGGGGACAGCAGCCCGUCGCCACGGCAGCAUGCCACACGAACGCAGCGGCGUGCGGCUCCGCUCUGGUGCCAUCCUUACACCGGACAUCAGCAGCCACGACAGCUUUGGCAGUAGCCUCCCGCAAGCGAAGCAGCUGCAGCCAGGGCUCCGUUCCCUGUCUGAUAGGUUCACGGCCAACGGGUCAUCCUCGUCAUCGUCCAGCGGGUUCAAGUUACCGCAGGAGGCAGCUGACGCCCUCGCACGAGUCGUCCGCAGGGGGGAGGAGGAGGCGGAGGAGGAGGAGGAGGCGGGGAAUGACCGAGGCCGGGAUUUGCGGAAUGAGGAGCAGGCUCUGAACCCACGGGAGCUAGCGGCACGGCUGCGGCAGCUGACGUCCCGUACGACGCAGCUGCAGCACCGUGUGGCCAAGCUGACGAGGCCGCGUGGAGAGCUACCACAGUGA